AUGUUAUUAUUUUUAUUUCUUUUCUCAUACCAAAUAACCUCAUUACCAAUAUUUGAUGAAAUAAAAGUUAAAUUUAUUGACGCAUAUUCUUUUAAGACAAAAACCAAAUAUAGUAUUGAAGAGGUAAUUCCUUGCAUUCAGUUAGAAGAAACUUUUAUCGUUACACUUGGUAAAUCUAUUAAUGUUCGUCCAUUAAAUUUAAAAGAUAAAUGCAAAAGUAUUAAUAGUUCCACUUUAAUACAACUAAUUGAUGAUGACACUUGGUUGUACUUUAAUGUUGGAGGUAAGCCAGUAACUUCUAUGAUAAGACUAGGUAGUAAUACUAAUGUUCUUGGUAUACCUUUAGGAUAUAAAGAGAAUUCCAUUUAUUAUCUUAACAAUGAAUUUCAUCUUGAUAUAUUCUCUGAUAGAUAUCAAAUUAAUGAUGUAUUAAUUACUCCAUAUUCUAUUAGUAAUCAAAAUGGUAAACAACGUUAUGUAUUAGAAAAAAACAAAGAUAUAAUACCACAAUAUUAUUAUUCUUAUUUACAAAUCAGCGACAAAGAAGUGCCUUAUCAAUUCAUUUAUAAUUCUUCAUUUGUCACAACUUUAUUGAUAAGGUCUAUCGCCAUUUUUGUUAUUAUUCUUAUUUUAUCUUUCAUUAAUAAGUUUUCACCACAAAACAUUAAUAUUACACAACCAUUAAAUUCAUUCCAACUUGCUAUGUUAAUUAAUGGCUCAUCAAUUCUCUUAACCCUUGGGAUAUUCUUUAUAUUAUUUUCUUUUUGUAAUGAAGCAACAUUUAAUAAUAAUAGUUUUGGAAUUAUUACAUUUUUCUUAGUAUUUUCACCAUUAUUUUCAUGGUUAUAUUGUUCGUGUAUAAAAACUCAUGCAACACCAUCAAAAACAACAUUAUAUUUAUUGUUAUUACAACUUAUUAUAUUAAUUUGUCAUUUAACUCGAGAUAUACUAACACCAGAAUCUAUGCAAUCUUUUUCUGUCUUAACUCAUAUUUUAUUCAUUAUAAUGCAACUUUGUGUUUUUAAUUUCAUAAAUGGUACACUCUUUUAUUAUUUCUUAAUGGAUAACUCUUCACAUAUUAAUUAUCCUAAUAUUCAUUCAACUCAUGCUAAUAGUAUAACGUGGAUUCUUUUAGUUUUUGCAAGUCUUUUAUUUUCAUUUUCACGACAUUUAAUCAUUCAAUUAGUUGUUAUCUUUCCAAUACAAUUCUUCUUUACAAAUUAUUAUACAGUAGUAUUAAUGUAUAUACUAUCUAUAGUAAUUUUCAUACAAUUAGACCUUAUUCUUAAAACUCAUAUUAAGUCUGAUGUUUGUUUUUUUUAUUUGUGA